AUGGCAAGCGAACCGACACCGACUUUCUCAGGUUUCUUUUCUCUGGCUUCUAUUCAGUCAAUAUGUCCUUCGACCCCAGUCCAAUAUGGCGAUGUGGCUCAUCAGCGCUUGCAAUCUCAGCUGCGUUUGAAGAUGGCUUGGGAAAGCAUAUACGAGAAGUACGGACAGGAGUUCCACGAUGCCGACGAAAUUGACUUGGAAAAAGAGGAAAUUGUGGUGGAUAAAGGUUGGGUACGAAACCAUGGGGUCCACGUUUUUGGGAAAGUAUUCUAUCAAAGUGAGGACGCAGAGCUGCGUUCAGACGAUACAGGCUUGGACACCGACCGUGCGUUCGAGACUCCGGCGCGGGUCCAGGUUGCUGCAAGGCAUAUGUCGCGCAAAAGGAAGACCAUAUUAGACGACUGUGCAAUGACCUCGGUCAAAAAGACAAAAUGUGGACCCAUAGUUGCGCGGAUUUACACGCUCCCUGCAGAUGAUAAAGCCGCGCAGAAGCUCCUGUAUGACGACGAGGCGUUUGAUAAUCUUCUUCCCCAACACCCGAGCACCGCACCGUGCACACCUUUUCGUACCUUGAAACCUACGGGAAGACUACUCAAAGGGCACAAGACAGCAUCGAGAGUGCCAAGACGUGGCACACCCUCCCUUGCCAUCAACGCUUUAGCGACGCCUGUGAGAUCAAGGGUGGCAAGUGUCCUGGCGGAUCUGGAUCUGAACGCUGAUCUUGAUCUUUUGACUACCCCUCAUAAGACAUUGGAGAGCGAGGCGUCGAGGCUUGAAAAAGUUCGACUAUCACCAGGCAAAAAGGACAUGCAACUUCCAUCAGAGGAGGCGAAGCAGGGAAAGGAUGAGAAUGGGAUAUUUGUCAGAGUGUCCCGCGGGAAGGCGGCAGCUCGGCCGAGGAAAUGGUUGGCGAUCAAAGAAACUGGAGAUGUUGAUGAUGUGGUCAUUGUGAAGGUCACACCAGGGAAAAAACGAGGUGUGUGCCUGUCUGCCAUAAAGCCCGAUACAGACGCCAAGCCGGAACAAUUCCCGUCCCCUGCUUGCUCCAUCCACAUGUCUGCAAGUGACUAAUGAAAGUAGCAGCAUACGGCCGGUCCAGUCACAAACCUCCACAGUCUCAAGAGUCAAUUUAUGUAAAUAAUAACCGUAUGUUCGCAAUAAAUAUAUAUUAAAUAGCCCUGAAUUCUGUCAAUGCACAGAAAAGAAG